UCCUCUGAAGCACCGGGCGGGGCAGCUCCCGGGAACUGGCUGGGUGCACUGCUGCUCUGCCAGCUCGUAGACACCCCUCAGGGACUUGCCUGCAGAGUCUUACCCAUGUGCUUAUAGUCCAACUGAUCAGGGCAGGGGUCAGGACGGAUUUUUCUUUCAGGUCAGAUUGGCAGGGACCCCAGUUUUUGUUCUUUCCCUUCUUCUGGAGCCCAGGGCAUGGCCCUGCUCUUGGGACAGGCAUCCUAGUGCCUGCACUAAUCUAACAAGUUCCCUGUCUUUCCGCAUCAAGGUGUUGACAGUGCUUCUCUCUCCCUUGUUCUUUUCCUAUUGCACAUUCAUUAUAAGGCUUGUUUUUCACAGACUGCUUUCUGGGCUGUGUGAGAGGGCCCGAAGGAGAUGAUCUUGCAGAUGCUUUUGGACGAAUGAUUGCUUAUGAACCCAAUGGCUCCGUAUAUUUAUGGAGCCAAAAUAGCUACAGGCUGGGGAGUUCUUGCCCCCAGUCUGGUUUUGUUUGCCCGGACGCUGAGUCACCUGGCAGAGAUGUUCAAAUGAUUAUUCUACCCUAUCUUUUCAUGUUUCUUGUUGGACUGUCCUACAGGUGUCUGAAGAAAAAAUAAAUUUUUAGUGCGAGGAGUUCUACCCUGCUUUGAGCACAUUUCUAGAGGAACUGGUUUGGGGAUCAGCCAGGAUGGAUCUUAGCAGUGAUUACCAAUUCCUCAACGAGAUUCUGGGAAGGACAAUGAAAAUCACCUUGAAAUGUGGCCUCUUCCAGGGGGUGUUGCAGCAUGUGGAUUCCAACAGAAGUAUUGUUCUGAGCAGAGUGAAAAACUUGGAAAAUGGCAGAAGUAUGCCAGGAGUAAAGAUGUUUUUUGGUCAUGAAAUACUGAAUGUGGAACUGCUGGAUGAACUGGAACAAGGGGCAGGAAGAGGAACAGAAACUCUCCCUGGGGACAGUCCAGUAAAUGAAGGAAUUGUAAUGGCUGGCAGGGAACCAGUGGAGCAAAGCAGUUCUACUUGCAUUUCCCCAGAGAGCCAGGACACCACCCUGAGUAACUUCAAAUAUAAUGUAGCAGAAGACAAGGAGGAAGACGUGGAGUACAUAGUCAUUGAUCAGUUCCAGCAGAAAUUUGGCUCAGCAAUACUGCACAUCAAAAAGCAGAUGGUUCUUAGUGUUGCAGCAGAAGGUGUUAGUCUUUGUCGCUAUGGAAAACUCUGCUGGUUUCAGGUGGCAACAAGGAGUCGGGUUUUCUUAUUUGAUAUUUUUCUCCUGGGGCCUCGAGCCUUCAAAAAUGGACUACAAAUGGUGCUGGAAGAUGAGAAUAUUUUGAAGGUUAUCCAUGACUGCCGUUGGAUCUCUGACUGUCUCUCUCACAAGUAUGGAAUCAUUCUCUCCAAUGUCUUUGAUACACAGGUGGAAAAGCAAAAUAAAGGAAAAACAGGCCAUGUAUGCCCUGUGCUGGAGUAGCUCCACCCAUACUAUCAACAGUGGAAGUUACAGCUUAGAACUGCAGUGGUUGCUGAUGUCCUGCAGUUUUCAGUGAUGACAGGCGGCUUCCUUCCACACCGGACCAGCACCUUGGAGGAGUGUUUGGUACAGCAUUUAAAGAUGUCCCCUAAAUCAGUGUCCUUCAUGAGGCGCAGACAGCAGGCAGUUCAGGAAAACCUUGAUGUAUGGUUUGUGAGACCCCUUCCACCUUCCCUGCUGAAAGUGCUGGCUCUGGAGACAGUGUACCUUCUGCCUCUCCGCCUCGUGUUUCUGGAUGAGAUGAUGUCUGACUUAACAACCUUAGUGGAUGGUUACUUAAAUGCCUAUCGGGAAGGGUCAGCAGUUCAGCUGGGGAACACUGAGUCUUCUUGUAUGGACCUGCCAGCGGAACUGCGUCAGCUGGCAGAUUUCCAGAAGUUAAGGAGAGAGAAAGCAGUAAAAGAAUACAGGGUAAAUGAAGAGGGUCUUCUUAUUAGGCCAACACUGGAAUUUAAAGGAAAAAAGGCUGUGGAGAAGAAAGCAAACCAUGGAGAGGAUAAUAGCCACAUUCUUCCUAGUGAAACAUUUCAGAAGUCAUCCUUUCACAUGAAGGACCCACCCUGUCAAGAGACCUACAAUGAGGAAGCACAAGAACAAAAUUUCUGGGAGAAUGAUCAGUCUAGACUUAACUGUAAAAUUCCAUCCUUGGAAGUGGGAGCAGAAGCAAGAGACUUGGUGAACUCUGCAUCGGGGGACUUCCAAGGGAUGCAGAAGGGACAGUCUUCCAGGCAGGAACUUCAAACACCAGCUACUCAGUCUUUACAAAGGGACAUGAAUCUUUUGUUGAUGGAAGACGAUGAGGAGGGCCUUUCAUGUAGAAAGCAAACUACUAUCUCUGCCUCCAUUUUUCCAAAAAUGAGCAGUUCUCUACAAAAUUCUCACAUUUUAGAACUACCCCCACCUUCUGUGUUGCCCCCUUGUCCAGCACUGAAGACAGCUGUUGUGCAGCAGAACUCUUUGAAGAUGAGCAACAGCUGCACCCCCCGUUUCCAAGUAAGACUGGGGAGGGAAGGGUUUUCGGCAUUACGCUUUGCCUUCCCCUCAACUCUCGGUUACCGGAUGCCAGCACCAAGCCCUUUGGACAAGUAGCAGAUCAGUUUUUUUCAAAAGAAAAAGUCAUUGUCUCUCACUGGCCUGUAACACAAGCAUUUUCAGCAAACUUUUUGUAUUGGGGAAAAAGGAUUUUGCUUCUUAGUUCUUCACUUGUUGAAAUGGCUUGUAGAAACUAUCCCCUUUUCCAAAUACAAAUGUAAUUGAGAUGACAACGGGCUUGCUGGCAGAAAUAAAAAAUGUAACUUGGCAAACCCUCCUAGGCUUGGUCUCCCCUUGGGGUUUGGACAGAUAAACCUUACCAUGAGGUAAACUAGGGUGAGGCAGCAAUUCCACAGUAACUACCCUUGUGCAUGCUCUUAUCCUCCAUUACAGGAAAGCUAACUUGUAGUGGCUUAGCCCUCAGUAAGACAAGUAAACUACUGGGGGUAGGAUUUCAUUUACUGUGUGGUAAGAACCUGCAUGCAGUUACCAUGGAGCGUCUGGCAUGCUGGUAGGUCCUGCCAUUAUUUCCUCAUGGUAACCUGUUGCUGUGUCUGUCGUUAAAAGUUCAGCCAGCAUGGCUAUCUAUCUCAGUUGGAAGGGUGGAAAAAUAUCACAGCCCUAGUUCGCAUAGCUAUGCUGGCAAAAGUUCCAGAGUAGGCAGUUAUACUAGAUAAAAGAUUUUUUUUUAUACCAGUGUAGCUGAGUUAGUGUAGGAAACUGGUUGUAAGAUGCAUUGGCAAAAGAACUUUUGCUGGUAUAAUCUCCAUCUCCAUUAGGAGGGUUUGCCAGUAGCACUAUUCCAGCAAACCGUUUUUACUGUAAAUGCAGCCUGUACUGAAAAAAGCACUUCUACUGGUAUAGUAUCUACCAGUUCCCUGAACAAAAUACAUUGUAUUGCCAAGAGCAGCUUUACCCUCACCAUAAUAACUGUCAUACUAGGGCAGCAGCAGCAUGACACAAAAAAUCACGCCUGACAAAACUACACUACUGUAUUGGUAGAAGUUUCUAGUGAGGGUCUCACCUGCAUAUAGAUACAGACACUUCCAUUUCCAUACACCGUUGAGGAUUGUUUAAUCUGGGCAAAGUUAAGACAAUUGAAGCUUACAUACGUUUAAAUACUGUAUGAUGCACUUCGGAUGUUUUGGAAGAGAAAUGCACCUCACUGGGGUGUAAUGUUGAGGGAGGGGAGAAAGGUAACAUUGUGAAGUUUAUGGGUUGUAAUAGUGUUGGAAUGGGGAGAAUCUGUGGCCCAUCUCAAGUGCACUGCAAUCUAAGUACUAGGGCCACAAAAUUUUAGACUUAAACUGGUGGCAGAAAAAUGCCUUCACGUUUCGUAUAAAACUUAGGAUUUACACUUUGGAUCACAUUUAAAUGUUUGUUUGCUCCAUGUUGACUUGGACAAAAACUGUUGAGCCCUUGUCUUCCCAGAAUUGCUAGGGAAAACGUUAAUAUUUACGUUCACAGAAUUGCUAGUUAAAUCUUUGUUUAAAAAAAUAGUAGCAGUACCCAAACUGUGGUUUCUUUUUGGACCUCCUUUAAGUGAAAUUUAGGGGGAGAGGAAGAUGUUUCAGUUAAUGACCAUGCUGGGGAGGCAACUAUUCCUGUGUAAGCUAUCCCUGAGGCAGCUCUUCAAGCCUAAAAUGACACAAGGUACUUGCAUGUUCUCUUUGAAAUAGUGUUAUAUGCUAAAGAAAAUAAAUGCACAUUGCUCUAUUAUAAAAGUUUGAAACAAGCU